CCAGUUUUUUUGUCCAAAAUAAACUUGGAUUUUCCAGAUGCCACCACAAUAGAAAAAUAUUAAACAGCACUAGUGUCUAGUGAAACUUUCCUUUUCCUUGUCUGGCUGUGCGGAGUGAGAUGGUCUAUUAGUAUCACUGUUUCGUUGAUUUGAAAUCUCUUCAAGAGAGUUGUUGAAUUCAAGAUUUUUGGAUUUGGGAGUUUGAUUUAUAGUGGGGGUAGUGUAAAUCUGAUCGGUUUUCUCUGUCUCUAAUUGCUUCAAUUACAUGUUAAUCGUGUAUUUCUUUUGUAUUUCUGAAAUGUGGGACGAAAUUUCUCAUAUGGGUUUUUUCAUCUGCCAGAACAUUUCUCUCUGAUAAAGAUUGAAAUUUUCAGUUUGUGUCUAUUGAUUCAAUCGAUGUGGGAGACUGUGUAUUUCAAUUGUUCCAAGUGGCACUGAUUCUUGCGUCACUAAAAGUGGUAUGGUUUGGAUCUUUUAAUUUCGAGGCAGAUUUUGUGGGAUGUGAGGGAGAAAAGUUUCUUGGUUGUGAAAUUCUUCUUGAUUUAUAUCGUCAAGCCCCUUUGGUUUUGAUAAAGGUCUGCCGAUAUUUUUCCCAAUGACUUUCCUGAAUUGGAUAUUGUUUGUUUGUUUUUUCGGUUUAUCAUUGGCGUUUGAAACGCCGACCCGAAAGUGUAAUCCAAGUGAUUGUUUGGCAUUGAGGGAAUUUGCAGCCCAGCUGGUGAAUGAUUCCAUCAAAUCAACUUGGUCAAAUGAAAUCAAUUGCUGUCAAUGGAAUGGUGUUGUUUGUGAAGAUGGUGGCAACAAGUCAGCCGCAAGUAGAGUAACCGAAUUGAACUUGUCCGGGAAAGGCCUGAGGGGAAAAAUUUCCGAGUUUUUGGGAAAAUUGGAUGGAUUGAAAACGCUCGAUCUUUCACACAACUCUCUGGAAGGUAUAUUGCUGGCGAAUAUCUCUAAUUUGAAGCAGCUGGAAGUUCUUGAUUUAAGCCACAACAUGUUGUCUGGACCAAUACUGGGAGCUCUUGUGGGGUUGAAAAGGAUUCAGUCAGUCAACCUCUCGAGCAAUUCUUUCACUGGAAACUUCACUGAUCUUGGGGUGUUUCCAAGUCUCAUUGCAUUCAACAUAAGUAACAACAUGUUUACUGGUGAAUUUGGCUCCAAAAUCUGCAGUUUCUCCCCCAACAUUCAAGUUCUGGAUUUAUCAUCAAAUCAUUUUUAUGGUAAACUUGAAGGCUUGGAGACUUGCAGUAGCACAUCUCUCCAGCAGUUCCAUGUGGAUUUCAAUACUCUUUCAGGCCAACUUCCAGACUCCUUGUACUUGUUAUCCUCCCUGGAGCAGCUUUCACUCUCAGCCAAUAAUUUCUCUGGCCUGCUAAGCCAUAAACUCAGUAAGCUUUCCAACCUCAAAGCCUUCUUUCUAUGCAGGAACGGAUUUUAUGGUUCUUUUCCUAAUGUUUUUGGGAAUUUAACUCAACUCGAGCAGUUAGUUGCUCAUUCAAAUUCAUUCUCUGGACCACUGCCUUCAACUCUGGCACUCUGCACUAAAUUACGAGUGCUUGAUUUGCGGAACAACACUCUUUCUGGUGCAAUUGAUCUUGAUUUCACUAGAUUGCCUAAUCUCUAUAAUCUUGAUCUUGCAAGUAAUCGUUUUUCUAGUCCCUUGCCAGAAUCAUUAUCUAGUUGCCGGGAAUUAAAGAUUUUGAGUCUUGCCAAGAACAAGUUAACAGGCCAGAUCCCUGAAAGCUAUGCCAAUCUCACAUCUCUUACGUUUCUCUCGUUGUCAAACAACAGCCUUGUAAACUUAUCUGGAGGGUUGUCCGUUUUGAAGCAUUGCAGAAAUCUUAGCAUUCUUAUUCUCACUAAGAAUUUCCAUGGGGAAGAAAUUCCCAAAAAUGUGAGUGGGUUUGAGAGCUUAAUGCUUUUUGCACUUGGAAAUUGUGGCCUGAAUGGUCAAAUACCAGAUUGGUUGUGGAGUUGCACAAAAUUGCGAAUCCUUGACUUGUCCUGGAAUCGUUUGGAUGGCAGUAUCCCUUCCCAGAUUGGUUGGAUGGAGAAUUUGUUCUACCUGGAUUUUUCAAAUAAUUCGCUAACAGGAGAAAUCCCGAAAGGUUUGACUGAGCUGAAGAGCCUUAUGUCUGCCAAUAGCUGUUCAUCCACUCUUAAUGCCUCCACUGGCAUCCCUCUUUUCGUAAAGAGAAAUCAGAGUGCCAGUGGUUUGCAGUACAAUCAAGCUUCAAGUUUCCCUCCAUCUAUAUUGCUGAGCAAUAAUAAACUAAAUGGCUCAAUUUGGCCGGAAAUUGGACAUUUGAGACAGCUCCAUGUCUUGGACUUGAGCAGGAAUAACAUAACUGGAACCAUCCCUAACUCCAUUUCGAAUAUGACAAACCUGGAGACUUUGGAUCUUUCAUACAAUGAUCUUCAUGGAUCAAUUCCUUCAUCAUUUAAUCAGCUCACUUUCCUCUCAAAGUUCAGUGUUGCUAAUAAUCAUCUCGACGGAGCAAUUCCAACGGGGGGCCAAUUCCUUAGCUUUCCCAGCUCAAGCUUUGAGGGUAAUCCUGGACUUUGUGGAAAAAUAAUUUCUCCUUGCAUUGCCAAUAAUGUUGGGUUCCGAACGACAAGCCCACCUACUGCACGUAAGAAAUUUGGUUGGAGCAGCAUACUUGGAAUAACAAUCAGCAUUGGCGUUGGAAUUGCUUUACUCCUGGCCAUUCUUCUGCUUAGGAUAUCGAGAAGAGACACUGGAGUACCAAUUGAAGAUUUGGAUGAUGAAAUCAGCAGGCCACCGAGGUUGUCUGAAGCAUUUGGACCUCCUAAGCUGGUGCUCUUUAAGAAUGCAGACUGUAAGGAUCUUACUAUCGCAGACUUACUGAAGUCAACCAACAGCUUCAACCAAUCAAACAUUAUUGGCUGUGGAGGAUUUGGUCUGGUUUAUAAGGCAGACCUACCUAAUGGUUUGAAAGCUGCAAUCAAGAGGCUUUCUGGGGAUUGUGGGCAGAUGGAACGUGAAUUUCAAGCUGAAGUCGAAGCCCUUUCUAGAGCUCAGCACAAGAACCUUGUUUCUCUUCAAGGAUACUGUCGAUACGGGAACGACAGGUUGUUAAUUUAUUCCUAUAUGGAAAAUGGAAGCUUGGAUUAUUGGUUACAUGAAAGAGUUGAUGGGAGUUCAUUCCUCAGGUGGGAUACCAGGUUGAAAAUAGCUCGAGGGGCGGCCUGUGGAUUAGCUUAUUUGCACAAGGAGCCAAAUAUAAUUCAUCGAGACAUCAAAACCAGCAAUAUUCUUUUGGAUGAGAGAUUUGAAGCUCAUUUGGCUGAUUUCGGGCUCUCAAGAUUACUUUGUCCCUAUGAUACUCAUGUAACAACAGAUUUGGUUGGCACCUUGGGAUAUAUUCCGCCUGAAUACAGUCAGACAUUAACAGCAACGUUCAGAGGUGAUGUUUACAGUUUCGGAGUUGUUCUUCUUGAGCUUCUUACCGGAAGGCGACCUGUUGAAGUUUGCAAGGGAAAGAAUUGCAGGGAUUUGGUGACAUGGGUGUUUCAGAAGAAGUCUGAGAAGAGGGAGGAGGAUAUAUUCGAUUCAUCAAUAGAUAAAGAUUGUGAAAAACAACUUAUGGAAGUGCUCAGUAUAGCUUGUAAAUGCAUAAACCAGGAUCCUAGAAGACGACCAUCCAUUGAUGAAGUUGUUUCAUGGCUAGAUGAGAUUGAGAUAGGACAAACAUAACAAUAAAUUUCAUUUUAUUUGUUUCCUUCUCGAGGAAUUUAGUUUCAUUUUCAUUUGGAAAGCGAAAUACAUAACUGUAAACCAAGAAAACUUCAGUUUACACCAAGAGGGCUGGCAGAGAACUAUGAUCCAAGUGAUUCAAUUUUAUUCUAUAAGUGCUUUGGAUACUGAGUUCUCAUUAUGUAAAUCUCAACCUCCAAAUCGGAUGGCGAAGAAAUGGAAAGUAUUACAUCCUGUUAUUGAUCUGAA